AUGACAAUUCGUUUACAUUUAUCAGCAAUCGUUUUGAUUCUAUCAUUAAUCAGUUUGAUUAAGGCAAAACAAAAUGAUCCUGGACAAUUUUUAGUUGGCGCUGGGAUUUAUGAUAUAACGGGACAAGUAGCAGAAAUUGGUUUCAUGGGUUAUGCAGUUCCAAAACAACGAGGUCGUGGUUUAUUACAACGAAUGCGUUCUCGUGCAUUUAUUAUAGGUGAUGUCAAUAAAGAAGAAAAUCGUGUUGUUUAUGUAUCAGCUGACAAUGGUAUGGCAUUUCAAAUAAUUAAAACCGAAGUUGUCGAUCGUUUAAAUAAAACACUUGGAUCAAAUUUAUAUAAUGAUAAAAAUGUUUUAAUAUCUGGUACACAUACGCAUUCAACACCUGGUGGAACAGGCGGUACGGCACUUGUUGAUAUAACAACAUUUGGUUUUGUUAAAGAAAAUUGGGAAGCAUGCGUUAAUGGUAUCGUUCAAUCAAUAAUGCUUGCACAUAAAAAUCUUCAACUUGGAAGAAUUAAAAUAAAUGUUGGACAAGUUGAUAAUGCUAAUAUAAAUCGUUCUCCCGCUUCUUAUUUGAAUAAUGUUGAUCGAGGCGAAUAUAAGGAUAAUACAGAUCACGAGAUGACAGUUUUAAGAUUUGAAUCAAUCGAUGGAAAAACUGAAAUUGGGAUGAUUAAUUUUUAUCCAGUUCAUGCAGUUAGUUUAAACAAUACAAAUCUAUUAGUUGCUGGAGAUAACAAAGGUUAUGCUUCAUAUUUAUUUGAAAAAUUAAAAAAUCCACCUGGAACACUGGCAGGUCAAGGGUCAUUUGUGGCCGCUUUUGGACAAAGUAAUGAAGGUGAUGUCAGUCCUAACCUAAUGGGACCAAAAUGCAUUGAUACUGGUUUACCAUGUGAAUUUUAUACAUCAACAUGUAAUGGAAAAACGGAAAAAUGCAUUGCUUUUGGACCGGGAAACAAUAUGUAUGAAUCAAAUGUAAUUAUUGGACAAAGGCAAUAUGAUGUAGCGAAAGAUUUAUAUGAUAAUGCCCAAGUAUUUCUCAAUGGCAAUAGUAUUGUCAAUUUUCGACAUACUUAUGUUGAUAUGCAGACAAUUAAUGUAAGCAGUCGUUUUACAUCAACAGGACAUAAUGAAACAACAUGUCAAGCUGCAUUGGGUUAUUCGUUUGCUGCUGGCACAACGGAUGGACCCGGAGAUUUUGAUUUUACACAAUCAACGAAUUCAACAAAUCCUUUUUGGCAAUUUGUUGCAGCAUUCUUAGCGAAACCAACUCAACAACAAAUCCAAUGUCAAGCACCUAAACCUAUUCUACUCGAUGUUGGUCUUAUUAAACCAAUCGAAUGGGUUCCUUUUGUUUUGCCACAUCAAAUUUUUCAGAUCGGUCAAUUAUUUAUGGUUGGAGUUCCAGGUGAAUUCAGUACUAUGAGUGGAAGAAGAUUAAAGAUAACUAUUCAGCAAGCUUUGCAAGAUGCCGGAACAUGGACGCCGGAUAGUCAUAUAGUAAUAGCUGGUCUUUCAAAUAGUUAUUCUCAUUACAUUACUACUUAUGAAGAAUAUCAACAACAGAGAUACGAAGGAGCAUCAACGUUAUAUGGUCCACAUACAUUGGCCGCUUAUCAACAAACAUUCUAUGAUUUAUCGAUGAAACUAGCUCGAAAUGAAUCUGUACCAAGUGGUCCACAACCGUUUGAUAUGAGAGGAAAAACUUUCUCAUUUGUUUUACCACCAAUUCCAGAUGGUCUACCGAUUGACAAGAAUUUUGGUGAUAUUUUCACUGAUGUUGACCCAUCGUAUAAACCUGGUGAUACAGUUCGCUGUUCGUGGUGGGGUGCUAAUCCGCGAAAUGAUCUUUUUACAGAAAAAUCAUAUUUAUAUGUUGAUCGAUUCAUUAAUCAGACAUGGGUACCAAUAUUAACGGAUGGCGAUAUAGAAACUCGAUUUCUAUGGAGACGAGAAAUUAUAGAUGAUAGUAUUAUAACAGUUGAAUGGGAUAUUCCUGUCACCCAACAAACUGGCCAAGAUCUUUAUCGAUUACGUCAUGUAGGUGUUAAAAAGAAUGCUGCUGGCCGUCGACAGUACAAUGGACAAUCCAAAAACUUUACUAUCAAUAACUAA